CUUUAGGGAAGGUUUGGUUUCAAAUAAACUUGUUUGGUCAUCUGCAGGUCCCACUUUGCUCUCGUUUAUUCACUUCGUCGGGAUUCUCAGUCAAGAAAUAUGUCUUUUUCCCCUUAUUCGGAUAACGGAGGGAGCAUCGUCGCCGUGGCCGGUGAUGACUAUGCCAUUAUAGCCUCGGACACACGUUUGAGCACGGGUUUCCAAAUUUACACGAGGGAACAGUCGAAAUUGUUCAAAUUAGGUGAUAAAACGAUACUCGGAAGUUCGGGCUGUUGGUGCGAUGUACUCUCUUUGACCAGGCUGGUCCAGACGAGGAUGAAGAUGUACCUUUAUGAGCAUAACAAAAGCAUGACUACACCGGCUGUGGCCCAGAUGUUGUCCAUUAUCCUUUAUUAUAAGAGAUUUUUCCCUUAUUAUGUCUCAAACAUAUUGGCCGGAUUGGAUGCAGAGGGAAAAGGUGUCGUGUAUAGUUACGACCCUAUUGGGCAUUUUGAAAGUUCCAAAUUCCGUGCUGGAGGUACAGCUGGUGCUCUUCUUCAGCCCCUUCUUGACAACCAGUUGGGCAUGAAGAAUCAAGAAAACGCUAAAGACAAAUCGUACACUUUAGAAAAAGCUUUGGCAAUUGUGAAAGAUGUUUUUAUUUCUGCCGCUGAAAGAGAUAUUUUUACUGGUGAUAGCAUCUCAAUCGUUAUUAUGACCAAGGAUGGCCUACAAGAAGAUACAUUUCAGCUCAGAAAAGACUAAUAAUUAUCAUUUUUGUAAAAUCACUUUUCUGUAUUACUUUUAAUAAAUACAAAUCUAAUUGUUUCCUAUA